AUGGAGAGAGCUCUUAGAAUCAAGAAUAAAUUUUGGUUAAUUGAUGGCUCUGCUUCUCUGACUUCUCUGGUUUCUUGGAUCAUCAAUUGUGUUUCCACUAAGAUUGCUACUAGUAUGGUGUAUCGGAGAACUGCCAAGGAAGUUUGGAAGAAGCUUCAAAAUAUGUUCUCUCAAGGCAAUGGACCUAGGGUUUAUCAAUUGCAGAAAGAUCUUGCUAGCAUUUCUCAGGGGGAACUCACUGUGAGUGAUUAUUUUACCAUUUUCUCAAUCUUGUGGGAUGAGAUACAAAACUAUGAACCGCUUCCUCUUUGCUCUUGUGAGAAGUGUGUGUGCCAUAAGAAUGAAAAGAUUUCCAAUCUUCAUCACAGAGAAGCAAUUAUGCAACUUCUAAUGGGUCUCAAUGAUUCAUUCUCUCACAUUCAAGGCCAAAUUUUGUUGAUGGAUCCCAUUCCUUCUGUUGACAAGGUAUAUUCUUUGUUGGUUCAAGAUGAAAGGCAGAGGUCAGUUGGACAUAGCAACAAUGUUCCUUUUGUUGAAUCCUUAGCUCUUGCAGCCAAAACAAUGAAUCUUGGUUCUGGUUCCAAGACUUUCAAGAAAGGAAAGGAGAGGCCUACUUGCAGUCAUUGUGGAUUGCUUGGUCAUACUGUGGAGAAAUGCUACAAAAUCCAUGGAUAUCCUCCUGGAUAUAAAACCAAAGCAAGGGCAAAUCAAGUCUCUUCUCUUGAUUCUGUUCAAGAGUUUGUUGCAACACCAACUCCACAACAUUUUCCUUUCACAAUAGAGGAUGCUAGAAACUGCUUGCCAUGA